GUCUUUCAUCACUCGUGGUAUCUCAGUGCCUUUGGGCAUUCAUUCCAUUUCUGUAGCAGUCGCAUUCUGAGAUCACGAAAAUGGAGUUGUUCUUCUACACCGUGUUCGGUGGUUUGGCCGCGGUGGUGGCAGCUCUUGAGCUCAGCAAGAACAACAAGGAUCGAAUCAACACCUCUUCAGCAUUCAAUUCAUUCAAGAACAAUUACCUCAUCGUUUAUUCCCUCAUGAUGGCUGGAGAUUGGUUGCAAGGUCCUUAUGUCUACUACCUUUACAGCACAUAUGGAUAUGGGAAAGGAGAGAUAGGUCAACUGUUCAUUGCUGGUUUUGGGUCUUCCAUGCUGUUUGGAACAAUUGUGGGAUCUCUAGCUGACAAAACGGGCCGGAAGAGGGCUUGUGUCACUUAUUGUAUAACAUAUAUUUUGAGCUGCAUCACCAAACAUUCUCCUCAAUACAAAGUCUUGAUGUUGGGGCGUAUUUUGGGAGGUAUUGCUACUUCACUUCUGUUUUCAGCAUUUGAAUCGUGGCUUGUUGCUGAGCACAACAAGAGGGGCUUUGAUCAACAAUGGCUAUCAUUGACAUUCUCAAAGGCUAUAUUUCUUGGAAAUGGUCUAGUUGCUAUCGUGGCUGGACUGUUUGGAAAUGUCCUUGUUGAUACGUUGGCUCUUGGACCUGUGGCCCCCUUUGAUGCUGCUUCAUGUUUUCUUGCAAUUGGUAUGGCUGUCAUAUUAUCUACAUGGUCAGAAAAUUUUGGAGACCCUUCUGAGAGCAAGGACCUUCUUACCCAAUUCAAGGGUGCUGCUGUGGCCAUUGCUUCUGAUGAAAAAAUAGCCUUGCUGGGUGCCAUACAGUCUCUCUUUGAAGGUUCAAUGUAUACCUUUGUAUUUUUGUGGACUCCUGCUUUGAGCCCAAAUGAUGAAGAAAUUCCCCACGGUUUUAUUUUUGCAACAUUCAUGUUAGCUUCAAUGUUGGGAAGCUCGCUUGCAUCCAAGUUGAUGGCCCGUUCAUCACUCCGAGUAGAGAGCUACAUGCAGCUUGUUUUUGCAGUUUCUUCUGGUGCUCUAUUGCUUCCCAUUCUGACCAGUUUCUUAGUAGUUCCUUCCAAAGUGAGAGGUGGAGGCAUCUCAUUCUCCGGUUGCCUGCAACUUCUUGGCUUCUGUGCUUUUGAGAGUUGUGUUGGCAUAUUCUGGCCAUCUAUUAUGAAGAUGAGAUCUCAAUACAUUCCCGAGGAGGCCAGGAGCACCAUAAUGAACUUCUUCCGCAUUCCUCUGAACAUCUUUGUGUGUGUUGUGCUGUACAAUGUUGAUGCAUUCCCUAUUACUGUUAUGUUUGGUAUGUGCUCAAUUUUCCUUAUGGUGGCAUGUAUCUUACAAAGGCGACUGAUGGUGAUUGCAGAUAAGCCAAAAACAGAAGAUUGGCAAUUGAAGGAAAGGGACACAGAAUCGGAGCCACUGAACAUUUAAAUGGUGUUAAGAGUAAGUUUUAGGGAGGCACUGAACGUAGCUGCUUCAGUCUUACAUAAUGCAGUUUCUGUCCAAACCAUGUACGGGACGAUUUGAAUGUGAAGGUAAACCUGGUGCGAUCCAAGGGAAGGGUUUCGAGCUGAAAGGAUGUCUGGAGCAAUUUGUUUUUAAGUGUUUUUGGUAUCAAUAGUGUAGUAGAUUUCUAUUGGCUAUUACUUGAGGAGAAAUCUCCGUUUUGGUAGUUCUAUUUUAUUCUUUUUUGGGGCGGGAUUUAAGUUUGGCCCGUCCGGAAUAGUAUAUGUGCCAUACUAUUUCUUUCAUUGUCUUUUUACUUUUGUAAUGAAAUUGCACUACAUUCAAUUAAUGCAUCCUUUUAUUU